CUGAACAGUCCUGUUUCGCAAAACCCUCCACUCCUCAAACCGGCUGAUAACCCGCACUCCAACAAACAUAAUGGAGAUCGAUCUAAACUAUCCCUCUGACGACGAUUUCGUGGAGUUGCGGGAGGGAUUCUCAGCUUGGUGAUGUAGUUGAAGAGAAACGAGGAAUAUCAAGGUAGGGGAAUACCCAUAUUGCCUAGGGAAGGGAUCCGGAAGGGUUUCGACGGAUUAUCGUAUGCCUGCCCUCUCCCGCGGCUAACGGCUAUGACCACAGACCACUGCAGCACCCGCCGUAUAUCCAGGACCCUUGUUCAAGGCGUAGACCCCAUCUCUCAUCCGCGGAACCAACCGGCCCCUCAAUCAACGCCUCCAUCCCUACAAUCCCCGAUACCCGAAUCUGAGAUACCGUCUAUGGUCCCAGAAAACCGCGCGCACGUUAUCCAACAGGAACCGAUCAUCCAGAUAUACCAUUUCCUGGGUCCGGAGUGCAGCGGGUUAUGGAGAAGAGCACGGGAGCACGGGCUUUGUCGGCGGCAUGUGGAUGGCGAUCAACAAGGUGAUUCGGCAGAUUCGGUUACGGACUACAGCACCGAGGGUGUGCCGAGAAUAAGGCGAUCCGCUACACCCGAGUUACGAGAAGAGAGAAGUAUUCAGAUGAGUCAAUUUUAUUGAGGCAAUAGUCAAUAUAACUGUAUAUCCGAGUCCAGACCAUAUGCAAAGCGCUAAAAACUAGGGUAUCACGAUCA